AUGGAAAAGUCAGUCCUGCUGGUCAUGGUCAUUAGCUUGUCUGUGCUGACGAUACUGUCAGCAGAUCAUUCUCAGUGCCGUCGCUUGCUUGACUUUGUGUGUGUUGUGGAUGGUUCCGAUAGUAUCAGCGAGGAUGACUUUCAGACCUUACGGGAGGUGGUAGAAGAAAUGGUUGACUUGUUCCAGAUAACAUCCGGGGAGGUCCGUAUGGGAAUUGUCGUAUUCAGUUCAAACAUUUCCAUGACGCAACGCCUUACGUCCAACAGGGGUAAACUGAAAGCAAAAAUUCGACAACUGCCACACCCACAAGACGGAACUAACACGGCACAAGGAAUUAAGAUGAUGCGUGAUAUUUUCAAUUCUGACUCGUUAAGAAGAAAACGCCCCGGUAUUCCUGCUGUGGGUAUGGUUCUAACAGACGGUCGCUCCAAAAAUAUGCGUAAAACCUUAAAACAGGCGAUGAAAGCGAAGGAAAACGGCAUCGAAAUGUUUGCUGUAGGGAUUUCAGACCUGGUUAACAGGACAGAACUGAAUGGAAUAGCUUCCCGGCCAGAAAAUACCUUGACUGUCAAAUCCUUCAACCAGCUGAGAGACUCCAUGGAUCGUCUGGUGAAAAUGGUUUGUCCGACUACAACGACCACAACAACCACGACCACAACUACCACAACCACGCCCACAACUAUCACUACCACGCCCAUAAUUACCACUACCACGCCUACAACUACCACUACCACGCCCACAACGACCACUACCACGCCCACAACGACCACUACCACGCCUACAACGACCACUACUACGACCAAAGCUACCACUACCAUGCCGAAAAAGGCUAGUUGGAUCAAAGAUAAAUGUGUGUUACGGCCACAUUUGAAAUCCUAUCGAUAUCACGGAUUACGGAACUGUCGUGCUUAUUGGAAGUGUAAAAAUGGAAGAUCGGUUGCAAAAUGCUGUGCUAAGGGAUAUCGGUAUAAGAUUUGGCGAGGCAAGGGUAGUUGUGUAAAAGACCCCGGAUGUCAGGAUGACUGCCCACCGUCUAUUACACUGGUUUCAAAAUGUGAGACACGGAUGGUGUUUGGUAACGCUAAAGUCUACGAGCAAUUCAUUAAAGGAUGGAAAAUGUGGGUUCCUCGUCCAUGUGCACCCGGAAGUCUGUAUAACGCGGAUAAAUGCGCGUGCACUGGACAUGAAUCUCACAUUCCCCGCAGACGGAAAUGUAAACCGGAAGUAUACCUACCAUUUACAAAGGAUCUCAGGGAUCAUUCCGGAUCUCACAGCUAUGUUCAAAACUAUAAUGUAAAAGUGACAAGGAAGGGUUAUGCAUAUUUCAAUGGCCGGUCAAAGCUUGUCAUUCCCAGAUAUUCAAAUGCAGAUUUCAAAGAGAUUGUUAUAAAGAUCCGUUUCAAGGUCAAAAGGUCAAAAAGGCCAGCUAGCAAGAGGAGCAGACUGUCCGCCUUGGUCAGUAACAGUGACUGUUGUAACGAGGACGCCUCGCUGAUGAUGAUCCUAAGUAAAUCCUAUGUUCAUUAUAUGGCAAUAUCACAAAAUCGCAAGAUGUGUUCAUUUAAUCUUCCCAAAUGUGAUGGAUGGAACGAUGCCUACUUCAUCUACGAUGCAGAAAAGGUGUAUGGCAGCUGUAAUAAAAAGAUGAAGUCACGUCCUUUACACGGGCGUAUCAAACGGACACACACAGGCAUCCAUAUCGGUUAUGGAAGGGGAUUUGACAGCUUCAGGGGUUAUAUUGAUGAGGUAUGA